UAACUCCUUUAUUUUAGGCCUAUUUUCUUCCACUUUCUCCUCCUUUGAAGAAAUUGUUUGAUGCAAAAUUGUAGUAAUGUCAAUCUUUAUCUUCAUCAUAUGGGUAUGUAUCAUCCCAUCAUCAUUAAUCCAUGCAGAUGAUCUUCGAGCUCCUAGAGGAUUCCUAGUAAGUUGUGGAUCUACAGAAAGAACAGACAUCAGUGGUCUAAAAUACAUACCAGAUCAAAGUUUCAUCUCAGUUGGAAAUUCAACAACCGUGAAAACCAACAACACAAAUAAUAACAACGAUCAUCAACUCUUCCCCAUAUUGUCAAAACUAAGGUAUUUCCCAGACAAAUCAGCUCGCAAAUACUGUUACACUUUCCAGGUGAUUCAAGGAGCAAAAUACCUAGUUAGAACCACUUACUACUAUGGUAAUUUCGACGGGCGACAAGACCCUCCCGUAUUCGAUCAAAUCAUCGACGGAACCCGGUGGAGCGUGGUGGACACCGCGGCGGAGUACGGCAAGGGUCUUGCAUCUUAUUAUGAGCUUGUAGUUAUUUCACAUGGCAAGGUUCUUUCGGUUUGUCUCGCUCGAAAUGAACGUACUGAUGGUUCUUCUAACCCUUUUAUUUCUGCCAUUGAAGUGAUGUUCCUUGAUAAUACUCUUUAUAAGUCUGUUGAUCUUCAUAAGUAUGUGCUUAGCACUGUUGCUCGGCAUACCUUUGGUAAUGAUGACAAAAAUGGUGAUGAAGCCGAUUUUAUCAGUUAUCCAGAUGACGAGUACAACAGAAUGUGGCAACAAUUCAAAGAUUCAAAUCCCACAGUGAAAUGUCAGUCUAAAAUAACACCUUCAGAUUUUUGGAACGCGCCACCAGUUCAGGCGUUAAGUUCAGCAAUCACAACCAGCCGAGGGAAGACCCUCCUAAUCAAGUGGCCGCCGUUGCCGUUGCCGGAAAGUAAUUAUCACAUUUCUCUUUACUUUCAGGAUAACCGAACCCCUAGCUCUUAUAGUUGGAGAAUGUUUAAAAUCUUGAUUAAUGGUGACACUUUUUAUAACAAGCUCAAUGUUACUACUAAUGGGGUGAAUGUAUAUGCACCACAAUGGCCUCUUUCUGGUCAAACUCAGAUCACACUCGUCCCCGACGACCGCGACCCCGUUGGCCCUAUCUUGAACGCCGCCGAGAUGUUUCAGCUCCUUCCCCUCGGUGGGAGGACAAGUGACAAGGAUGUGAUGGCUAUGGAUGAUUUAGAUAGAAGCUUGAAUAACCCACCAAGCGAUUGGAAUGGAGAUCCUUGCUUACCUCAAAAAAAUUCAUGGAGUGGAGUUACAUGCACUCAAUUGAACGGCUUUGCUCGCGUCGAAACUAUGAACUUGACGGGUUUGGGGCUCACCGGAUCUUUAUCGACAAGCAUAAGAGACCUAACCGCAGUUGUGCAUCUUUGGCUUGGGCACAACAAACUAUCCGGUACACUGCCGAAUAUGAGCACGAUGAAGAUGCUAGAGACCUUGCAUUUGGAGAACAAUCAAUUCGAAGGAUCUAUCCCGGAAUCAUUAGGCAGUCUUCCACGUAUCCGUGAAAUAUAUCUUCAGAACAACAAGUUUAAGGGUGGUAUUCCUGAUAGCCUAAAAACUCGACAGGGUCUUACGAUUCGGUUAUGACUUAUGAUUAGCACAGUAUGAGAUUAAUAUUGGUCACGAAGGAGGUGUAAAAGCUUCAAUCUUGACUUGACAAAUUACUUUGUACCAUAUACUUAUUUUUCUAGUUUUUUUUUUUAAUCUUAACAAGCAUUUAUACAAAGUAUGUAUAAUGUAUAUAUCAUGCAAUUUGUUUUUUUUGGUGCAAAUGAGCCACAAGGGCGGGGAUGAGAAUCUAUCACAGAAUCACCUGGAACCGGGAUGGAAGGUCUAACCAACUGAGCUAUCCAUCACUCUCAAUAUCAUGCAAUUUGUAAUUGUAUUUAGUUUAGUUUGCACUUGAGGUUAUUUUUUGUUUGAGGGGUUAUAUGACAUACAUAUCUUCUGCGUACAUAUCGCAUUAACCACAAAACAAUCACAAUAAAGUUGUUCUUCAAUAUUAUAAACUUUUAACCAACACAAGUUGGUAGAGUUGGUGUAGAACUCACCUUAUGAUUUGGAGGUCAGAGGGUCGAGCCUCAUGCUGCGAAAUACUUGGAUUGGUUUGUUUACACAAAUUUUCUAGUCUAGGCAAAUAAGAUAGAAAAUAAUGCAACAAAGUAUUUUUAUUGA